CCACACACACACACACACACACACACACACACUCAUUUUAUGGUUAACGAAAAAAUAACUUUACAAAGAGAUGAGAAACAAAACCAGAUGAGCAUGUAAAAAAAAAAAAAAUUAAAAGCAAACAAAAACUCAAACUUCUUCCCUGAGAAAAUUACCCCUGAAAGACAGGGAGUAGAUGAAACAACAUUCAUGUCUGCUGCUCUAUAUUCAUUUUGGAGGCGAAAGAUACCUAAGCCAAGGGUGGAAGAGGGUCAAACCUGGGUUUUAGGAGCCUGGUAUGGAGGUACCAGCACUUCCAAGCUCCUUUAGUUUCCUGUCUUGCCAAAACAGGAAAAUAUCUCAACGGUUUAACUCCCCGCCAAACUCAAGUGCUUUCGAUUUCGGUUUUCCCAAACCCUUAUUUGGAUGUCUGUAAUCCCGGCUAUGCUUUCGGCUUGUAAAAACAGUCCGUUUCACGAGGAGCCAGACGCAGGAGGACAGAGCAAGGGGAGAGCAAGCGCAGCUCUUCACGUUGCAGCGUCCGCGACACGUUACCCAGAAUCUGAAUCCAUCAUGAUGGCCCCCAUUUGUCUAGUGGAAAACCAGAAAGAGCAGCUGACAGUAAAUUCAAAGGCAUUACAGAUUCUUGACAAGAUUUCUCAGCCGGUGGUGGUGGUGGCCAUUGUAGGGAUAUACCGUACAGGAAAAUCCUAUCUCAUGAAUCGUCUUGCAGGAAAAAACCAUGGCUUCCCUCUGGGCUCCACCGUGCAGUCUGAAACCAAGGGCAUCUGGAUGUGGUGUAUGCCCCACCCUACCAAGCCAAACUACACCCUGAUCCUUCUGGACACUGAGGGCCUGGGCGAUGUGGAAAAGGGUAACCCUAAGAAUGACUCAUGGAUCUUUGCCCUGGCUGUGCUUCUAAGCAGCUGCUUUGUCUACAACAGCAUGAGCACCAUCAACCACCAGGCUCUGGAGCAGCUGCACUACGUGACUCAACUAACACAGCUAAUCAGGGCAAAAUCCUGCCCCAGGACUGAUGAAGUUGAGGACUCCAGCGAGUUUGUGAGUUUCUUUCCAGACUUUAUUUGGGCUGUUCGAGAUUUUACCCUGGAGCUGAAGUUAAAUGGACACCCCAUCACAGAAGAUGAGUACCUGGAGAAUGCCUUGAAGCUGAUUCCAGGCAAGAAUCCCAAACUUCAAAAUUCUAACAUGCCUAGAGAGUGUAUCAGGCAUUUCUUUCCAAAACGGAAGUGCUUUGUCUUUGACCGGCCUACAAAUGACAAACAAUAUUUAAUUCAUAUGGACAAAUUGCCAGAAGAAAAUAUGGAAAGGCUUUUCCUGAGGCAAUCAGAAAACUUCUGUUCUUAUAUCUUCACCCAUGCAAAGCCCAAGACCCUGAGAGAGGGAAUCAUUGUCACUGGAAACCGGCUGGGGACUCUGGCAGUGACUUAUGUAGAUGCCAUCAACAGUGGAGGAGUGCCUUGUCUGGAGAAUGCAGUGACAACUCUGGCCCAGCGGGAGAACUCAGCAGCUGUGCAGAGGGCAGCCGACCACUACAGCCAGCAGAUGGCCCAGCGGGUGAGGUUCCCCACAGACACACUCCAGGAGCUGCUGGAUGUGCACAUGGCCUGUGAGAGGGAAGCCAUUGCAGUCUUCAUGGAGCACUCCUUCAAGGAUGAAAACCAGGAAUUCCAGAGGAAGCUUGUGGACACCAUAGAGAAAAAGAAGGAAGACUUUGUGCUGCAGAAUGAAGAGGCAUCUGUCAAAUAUUGCCAGGCUGAGCUUAAGCGGCUUUCAGAGCACCUGACGGAAAGCAUUUUGAGAGGAAUUUUCUCUGUUCCUGGGGGGCACAAUCUCUACUUAGAAGAAAAGAAACAGGUUGAGCAGAACUAUAAGCUAGUGCCCUGCAAAGGAGUUAAGAGCCAGUUGAGAAAUGUAAUGCACAGAGAGGUUAAUAAGGUGCCUAGGACAAUGCAGCCAGCAAGUGAUGGAGCUGAUAGGGCUGACUUAUGUACUCGACAGCCAUUGGAAAUUUUGAGGAAAUUUUUGUCCUGUGUUCCAUGAGGACUAUACCAACUUAGGUUCCUACCAACCGUUUCUAAGAAUUCCCUUUCCUCCAUAUCUUUGCCAACAUUUGGUAUCUUUUGACUUUUGGAUAAUGAUCAUUCUAAAAUGUGUGAGAUAAAAUGUCACUGUGGUUUUGAGUUGCAUUUCCCUGAUGGUUAGUGAUGCUGACUAUGCUUUCACAUACCUGUUUUCCAGGUCUUCUUUUCACAAAUGUCUAUUUAGGUUCCUUGCUCAUUUUUAAUAGGUUUAUUGGUUUAUUUUGCUAUUUAGUUAUAUGACUUUUGUAUUUUAGAUAUUAACCCCUUAUCAGAUUUGCAAGUGUUUUCUUCCAUUCUGCAUGGAAGAAAACUCUUUUACAUUUUAUUGUUUUCUUUGCUCUGCAGAAAUUUUUAGUUUGAUGUAGUCCUACUUAUUUUUGCACUUGUUGCCUGUGUUUUUGAUGUCAAAUUCAAAAAACUGCUGCCGAGGCCAAUAUCAAGAAGUAUUUUCCUUCUGUUUACUUCUUGGAGUUUUAUGGUCUUACGGUUAAAUCUUUAAUCUAUUUUUAGUUGAUUUUUCUGUAUAGUGUAAGAUAAGGGUCCAGUUUUAUUAUUUUGAAUAUCCAGCUUUCCCUGCACCAUUUGUUGAAGAGACUAUCCUUUCUUUAUGUGUACUCUUGUCACAUUUGUUGAAAAUUAUUUGAUCGUAUAUAUGUAAAUUUCCUCCCUGGCUGUCUAUUCUGUUUUGUUGGUUUGUUUAUCUGUUUUUACACCAGUACUAUGCUACUUGAUUACUGUAGCUUUGUAAUAGAUUAUGAAAUAAGGUAAUUCAACACUUCCAACUUUGUUUUUGUCACUCAAGAUGGCUGUGACUAUUCAGGAUCUUUUUUGUUUCUAUAUAAAUUUUUGAAUUAGUUUUCUUAUUUCUUUGAAAAAUUCACUGGAAAUUUGAUAGAUAUUGCAUUAAAUCCAUAGAUAAUUUGAGGUAGUAUGGACAUCUUAACAAUAUUAUUUCUUCCAAUUAAUGAACAUGGGAUAUCUAUUUAUUUUAUAUUUUCUUUAACUUCUUCAACAUUUUAUAGUUUUCAGUAUAUAUAUCUUUCACCCCCUUG